AUGUCCGCCCCUUCCACCCCGAAGAAAAACCCCAACGCACAUCUAACCAACGCUCGUGCAGAGCCACCUCGAGCAUCGGAGAAACAAGUCGCUCAACUCAAACAGCAAGUUCAACUGCUCGAAAUCCAGAUGGUUGCGUCUGAUCGCGUUCGCCGUCAUCUGGAGGCAUCUAUCCGUGAAUUGACCACAGAGCUGGAAAAGGCCGAUGGAUCAAAGCAGUUCUUGGAGCAAUACAAGGCUCGCUUGAUGAAGGAGAAUACCAUGCUCUCUGCACUUCUCAAGGAAGAAGCGGAAGCGAGGAGGACUGCCGAGGCUGCCCAGGCUGACGGGGUUCAAGCUAUGUGGAACAAGUUCCAGAAGACAAUUACGGAGGAACGAGAGAACUAUAGUCGCCUCGAGGAAUCUAAACGGGCUGUGCUUAUCCAGCAAAAGACGAUGCAAAAGGAGCUGGAUGACCGAGAAACCAAAUUGCGUGACUUGACAAUCUCGAAGAAACAACUCCAGCAGCAGCUCGAUAAGGCCAAGGAACAGAACGAGAUUUUGAAGACAGAGGCCUCCAACACUAAGCGACAGCUGCAAACACGUAUCCAAGAGGACGAAGUCGCGAAGGUGGCUUCGUCCAACGCUCAGUCAGAGUUUCGAAUCGCGGUCCAAGCUCUUAAAGCCAACGAAGAGGUGCUCCAGAAGCGUUACGAGGCAGCGGAGAUUGAGAGAGUCAAGGCUGCUGGGGCUGAACAUCAAGUCCAUCGACAACUGGAAGAAAUGGAGAGGACAUGCAAGAAGAACGUCGAUGACCUGACCAAAGCCUUGAAGAACGCCGAGCGCCAAAUCAAGCUGCUCAAGAAAGAAGGCCGCGAAUCUUCGGAAACCAACAUACUCCAUCAACGACUCGCUUCGAACCUUGAAGAUGAGCGGGAGCAAUAUCAGAAGGACCUUGAAGAGCGAGACUUCACCCUUGAUCAAACGAGGAAGAAGUACCAAGCCGAGUUGGCACAAUUGACUGAAGAACUUCAAUCUCAACGAGACAACCUUAGCCGCAUACGCGAGGAAAACCGCAAGAUUCGUUCGGAUUAUGAUGAACUACAGCUCCGGUAUGACGACGAGGUGUACAACAGCGGCGGGUGGAGGAAGGAGAGGGAGCGCAUGGAGACGAAAAUUAAGGACCUUGAGCGGGCGUACGAGGGUUCGACAGGCGCCCAAGCCGAACAGCAAGCCCAAAUCGUUGGGUUGCAUUCUCAAGUCCUCGAACUUCGCGGAGUGUUGAACGAUACGGAGGCGAAUCGGUUGCUGCUUCUUAACGCCAGACGAGCGCUUCAGGCGGAGCUUGAUACGAUCAAGAUGGAUAGCGCGGACUCCAAGAAGCUUUCAUCCGAUGCCGAGUUCCAGACUCUGCAACUCAAGAAGCAAGAUUUGGAGCGCUCGUUGGAGGAGCAGGAGGACAGGGUGCUAAAUGCCAACGAGAGGGUCAAGAAGGCGGAGGCGGUCGCAAAUGAGUGGAUGAUUGAGCUGGAUAAAAUGCGCGUGGAGAACUCGUCGCUGGAGAGGCUAAAUGCGAGUCUCGAGAAGCAGAUCAAGGAGUUGAAUGUUCGGAUCGUUGAUCUAGAGACGAGAUCAUAUGCACUCUCGCCGUCCCGGACAGGAAGUACACCACGGCGGUUGGAUAGUCGGAUCGAGGAGCUGACGAACCAGCUCCAACAGACGAGCAAGGAUCGCCGGGAGAGCCUUAGGCUCAACAGGGAUGGGAAAUCGCAGCUGCUGGACGAUGACAGGAACCGGAGCAAGCUUGAGUCAUAUGAGGUGCAGGUCCAAAACAUGCGGCAGGCUAUGGAUGUGAUGGUAUCUGACGGAGGAAGAGUUCUCAGCCUUGAGAGAGAAUUGGAGCGUCUACACGGCAGACUCGAACGGACACCUGCUGCUUCAGCCUCUCCUCGCAAGUGA